AUGGGGGAUGCCAACCUCCUCAAACCCGUUGAGGCUCUUGUUCUCCCAGCUCCUUCGUCGGAUCAGCGCCUUUCGAGCCCUGCCAACAAAGCCGCGGUCGAUGCCGAGCCUUUCACGUACGACGACGCCGUCGCCCUUCAUUGUCAAAUCGAAUUUUUCCAACGGUCGUAUCAAAAGGAGGGAUACAAGGUUUCUGACAAUGCGUCCUCCCGAGAGAUCGAACUGGCCAUGAUCCGAGGAACCCUCAACCUGCGCAUCCACGAAAUCCGUCUCGCCCUCUUCCACAACUUCGUCGCCUUCCCCACUCCGACAGCUUCCUUUCCGGCCUCUCACCCCACAGCAAUCCUUUUCAGAGACUACCAGAACACUCUCACCUCCGCGACCGAGGCUUGGGCAAAGUUCCUUAAAGAGAAGCGUUACCAUCGCGAUGAGCAAUCCCAGCGCCGGCGCUAG